CUGUAAGGAUGAUGGGAGACAUACUGCUGUUCGGGAGGUCGCUGAUGAACGCCCGGGCUGUGCUCAACUUUAAACUGAAAAAGAAGGACAAGCAAGACUUUGGGGAGGAAUUGAGGGAACCCAGCACAGGAAACAACAGCCGGGAAUUCUUAGUGAGCCUAAGGAACUUCCGGGUCUUCAUCGCGCUGUGGAAUGGAUUCAUGAUUCUCUGCACGAUCGAACUGUUCAGCUCUUGAGCCCCGCAUGGAACCCAGAGCUUGCCUGCGGGACAUCCACGGCUUCGUUUCUGUUUCUGUUGACUUCAAGAAUGCUUCUCACCGGAAGACCAAGGAGCUGCCCUGAAGGCUUGAGCUCAUUUAGGUAGAGAACGUCCAUCACCCAGCCACCCAACCCCUCCUUCGCCCUAGUUCCGCCUGUACUUUGCAGUUUCGGGAAGUCCUGUAAGACACAGUGACACAGUUGGGCUUUGUUAGGACAAAGACACACCUAGAUCUUCUCCAUGUGGCCAUUCCGUCUUUGCCCAGCUUCUCCAGAAACCUGACACGGGCUAUUUCUUGGUUGACUUGCUCCUGAUUGUUUUGAUUUGAUUUGUUUCUUCCCGAUUACCGUAUGAGUCUGAAUUCGACUCCUAAACAC